CCUAAAAAAAAAAAAGGCAUUGUACACACAUAAAAUUAAGAAUAAUGGAAUCUUUGUCCCUUCACUCUGUUGUCCCCCAAUGUGUUAAGCAGAAUUUAGGUUUCUGGAAUUAUGUGCAUUGUCCUUCAGGGCAUGAAUACUACUUUUUUUUUUUUUUAAGUAACAAGCAAGUGGGGUUAUCUCUUCCUGCACUGCUAAAGAUAAGUGCCUUGGUGUGUCUAACUUCCCUGAAUCUCUUGCAUAGUAGUAGCUCUGAGUGAGAUGCAUUUUCUUCUGUCCUUUUGUUUAUUUAAAGAUGGAUCAGGUACUGACCAUCCUUGAAAGAAUGGAAGUUGGUUUGUGUGCUCUGAAGAAAUGCACUGUAGAUGCAAAGCUAAUGGGGAAAGUGUCGACUGCUGUGAACAGCAGAGGGCAUAGCAGCACCUGGCAAGAACGGCCAGCCGUUGUUGCAAAGUGCCAGAAGUCUCUGCCUGGAACAUAGUUCCUCUAGUAUUCAUUCUUGUGUUGUUAGUUCCACAGCAACCUGGAAGGAAGAUGAAUGUGAGGUGCAGAGUGCAGAGCUGUUUUCAACCACUGCAAUAGCAAAAGAACCUGCCUGUCUCUCUUUCUGAUAACUGCUCUGAAGUUUCUGUGUCCUAAGGGAUUUUGUUCCUGAAUGGGAGAAGGAAAAGGUUCUCUAAAGUGACAGCAAGAGCAAAUAAGGAUGUCCAUGAGGAGCCCUGCCUCUCCUCAGCUGGAGCUCAAUGGAGCUGGGAACAUGGUGAACUGCACCAUUAAAACAGAAGAGAAGAGUGAGACCUGCUACAAGUCUAUACAGCAGGAGGCAACCAGCACUAUCUCUGGUUCUGACAAACCAUACAAAUCACCAUUGCCACUGAGUGAAGUCAUAGAUCCGCAGACCCUCCCAGAGGAAUCUGGAUCUCCAGGGGGAAAAGCAUUAGAUUCCAAGAACCCUGUGUUUGAGCCUGCAGUUAGCAACCGGGAAAAAUUGGAUUUUAAUAAAAACUUAAAAGAAGUGAUGCCGACUAUUGAGAAGUUAUUGUCCAGUGACUGGAAAGAGAGACUUCUGGGGAAAAAUUCUGUGGAAUCCAAAGAGGUCAAAGGAACCCAAGAAAGCCUGGCAGAGAAGGAGCUGCAGCUCCUGGUCAUGAUUAACCAGCUGUCCACCUUGCGGGACCAGCUGCUGACAGCCCAUUCGGAGCAGAAGAACAUGGCCGCUAUGCUGUUUGAGAAACAGCAACAACAGAUGGAACUGGCCAGGCAGCAGCAAGAGCAGAUUGCCAAGCAACAGCAACAGCUUAUCCAGCAGCAACACAAGAUCAACCUGUUGCAGCAGCAGAUCCAGCAGGUCAACAUGCCCUAUGUAAUGAUUCCAGCCUUUCCUCCCAGCCACCAGCCUCUUCCUGUCACCUCAGAUCCUCAAAUGGCACUUCCCAUUCAGCCAAUUCCCUGUAAACCAGGUAUGAAGAGGCCAAGAAAAGUGUGGAAUUUGGAGUACCCCAUGCAGCUGCUGCACAGCCCACCUCCUUCGUCACUGAAGAGACCUGCAAGCUCAGGCCACCUACAGAUCCAGGAAUCUUCGCAACCGCUGAACUUAACAGCCAAGCCCAAAGGCUCUGAGCUCCCCAAUGCCUCCAGCUCUCCUAGUCUAAAGAUCAGUAGCUGUCAGUCCCUCACUCCCAACCAUGGAGUUUCUCGAGAGCUCCAGACCAGCCCUCCCAGCCUUCCUUUGGGGUUCCUUGGAGAGGGAGAUGCUAUAACCAAAGCAAUCCAGGAUGCACGGCAGCUUCUGCACAACCAAAGCAGGGCAAUAGAUGGUUCUCCAAAUCACCCCUACAGGAAGGACCAUGUCAGCUUGGAUUCUUCACCAGCAAAAGAACAGAUGGAGGAAACAUCUUUGCAGAGGCUGGAUGAAUCCAUGUUAACCUGUGAUGGGGAUGGCUCACAGCAUUUCCCUGAAUCCAGGAACAACAACCACAUAAAACGCCCCAUGAAUGCCUUCAUGGUAUGGGCCAAGGAUGAGAGACGCAAGAUCUUGCAGGCCUUCCCAGACAUGCACAACUCAAGCAUCAGCAAGAUUCUAGGCUCCCGGUGGAAGUCCAUGUCGAACCAGGAGAAGCAGCCCUACUAUGAGGAGCAGGCGCGACUCAGCCGGCAGCACCUGGAGAAGUAUCCCAAUUACAAGUACAAGCCCCGCCCCAAGCGCACCUGCAUCGUGGAAGGGAAGCGGCUCCGUGUAGGCGAAUACAAGGCAUUGAUGAGGAACCGGCGCCAGGACGCCAGGCAGGGCUACCUGAUUGCGCCUCAGGGCAGCCAGAUGCCACCUUCCUCUACGGAUCUCGUGUAUCAGCGAUCGGUCGGGAUGCAACUGCCUCCACCCCUGAUGGAUCACUACUUGCCCCGCAGCAUGGAAUCAAACAUGCCGGUCAUAGUCAACACACGUAGCCUGAAGCCGGAAGAAGGGGACGGGGCUGAGGACAGUCACUCAGUACCUGAUGGGGAGAUGUACCACUACAGUGAAGAUGAGGAUUCGGAGGGCGAGGAUAAGAGUGAUGGAGAGCUGGUGGUUCUGACAGAUUAAUCACCCCCGCAAGAUUAAGACAGAUUAAGGGAGAGGGGAGCAUGUGUGGAGAGGUGGCUCCAUCAGCCUCCAUCUUUCCGACAUCAUCAAAGCUCCAUCAGCCUUUGCCUUCUUUCCAACAUCAAAUAAUUGGUUGGAAUGGAAGGUGGUAAGGGGAAGGUAUCAUUCAAGCUGUCUAAUGAGGGUGGGGGGGGAGGUGAGGGGCACUCUAGGGUCAUUUGCAAGGUGGAUGCAGGUUAUUGGGAAGGGCAGCCACCAGGCCUGGGGGGCUCUACCAAGCUUAUUUAGAAAUGGGCAUGGAACAGAGGGAGAGAGGAACUAGCAUGUGUGUGAAUACCUAGAGUGUUGCUAGAGCUUCAUGCUCAUUUGUAUGCUUGCUUGAAAGGAAGAGAUUUUGGCUUUGCCCCUUCUGAACAUUCAUCAGGGUCUGGCUAGAAGAGGCACACAACUGAAUGAGAGUCUUGUUAUGCAGUUGUUGUUGGAACAGUUUUGGGGUCCGUCCUCCCACUAAAGGGCAGGGGUUCUGCCUUCAAGAUGAAAGUGCAGAGUAGUCCCCCAAAAGCCUGGAAGUUAAAAAAGAAGGAGCCGAUCUGGGGGCUUACAAAAGUGUAUGAACGGGAGUGUAGAGCAGUAGACGCAGAAAUAACCGUCUCGGAAUCUACCUUCCUGUCUUCUGUGCAGUUUAAUGCUGGCCUUGGUGCUUUCAGGAGCGGAAGUGUGACUGGGAAAAAGUUCACCACUUCCCACCCCAACUGCAUUUGUCUUCCAUGCAGCAGUCUGUUGUGCUGGAAUGAAGCAGCUAGUGUUCCACGGCUGGGCAAACGUUGUGCCCAUUGCUCGCUCUCUCUCUCUCUCUUUCCUGAAAACUGAUGUGCAGCCAGCUGAACAGAGGCCUCACCUGUUUGUGGCCUGGCCAGCUGCCCCCUUCUAUAGUAGCCACACAGUUGCCACCAUUCAGCUGACCUCUCUGGGGCCUUUUCAGUUUGCGAACACCAAACGUCUGGGUGGAACACUUGUUCCCUAUUCGUUCCGGAUGUCAGGCAGUUCUGCCUUCUCCCGCGCCCCCCCCCCCCCCGCCCUCUGCUUCACUUUGUCCUGUGUUUGUUUCUUUCUACUCCCACUGGCCCUGCCAGUAAAUUCCCAUGGAGCCAUUUUUAGCUCUGGACUUGAAUGAAUAACAACGGAGGUCUCUCGGGGGCCCUCUCUGUACCCUUGGCAGCCCUGGCCCAGUUUGUAAAUCAGGACGCUGCCCGUUUCCCUCCUGCUCUUGUUCACUUGCCAGUUCUCAGUAGACAGCACAGGAGGGGACGCCCUGCAGCAGCAGCAGCAGCAGCAGCAGCAAGAAAGCUGACUGAAUUCUUGUGGGGUGGGAAAUGCCACUCCUGAGGCAGCAGUAUGAGAAGAUGAGGAUUCCCUCGGAUGGAGACGCUUGCUGUGUUCUUCUAAUUACGCUGCACGAGCUAUGUGAGCAAUGAACUGGGACGGCUUCUGCUGUGCCACUCUGCUAUCUCACCCGUUUCUGCCGCUGCCUUCACUCCCCAUUCGCCCUGUUUGGCAUUUGUCAAAAGCCCUCUUCACAUGUUAUGAGCACCUUAUAAGUGUUCAUGGUUACAAUGGGGAGGAAGUCCCUCUGCCCUGCUGUCAGUCACCCGCUCACGCUGAUGAUCAUGGUUACGGGGCCAUUGGUCUGAAGGGGCAGUGCCAUCAGUGUGAUCGCGACGAUUCUGUGAGCUGCAACCUGGAUCCAACCAGCUUAUUGUGAUGAUGAAUGGUACUGUAACUGUGAUCGUCUGCAUGAGGGGUGAUUGUCCCGGUGGGGGUGGCGGGACUUUUGUACUGCUUUGACCACUGCAACUGUGAGUGUCUGGGGCUGUCAUAACGUCUGAAGAGGGCUAAAGUACCAGCUGAUUCAAAUCAGCUGAACUGCCCUUGAUGGGUGAGUGGAGAAUGCUUAAGAUCAGUGGCUGGCAUGAUGCACAGAGCUAUGGAGAUGUAACAUUGUGUCGUGGGGCUGCUGCAGGGUCAUAAGGCAGCCCCCCAACGCUGUUCAGGAGCAGUGAUUGUGCAACCAGCGGCACCGCAGUUUCGCCCACUCACCGUCAUGGAGAAAACUGCAGUAGGCGCUGCUUGUGCAACCACCCCUUCUUAACAGCGUCAAGACUGCCUUCUGAGUUCAAAGGAGCCCCAUGAUGCAGCAUUGAGCUAGGGAUAUGCCCCAACUGGCGCAGGCAGCCGCAGGCAGGGCAGGGAUCGGUUCCUUUAAAAACCAGGUAAGCAGGUCCUUUCCUGCUCCUCCUCCCACCUUUUUCCGAGCAUGGCACUCACUUUCCAAAGGGCCACGCGUGACUGCAGUGCUGCUCCGAGCAGCCUGCGUGUGGUGUCGGCACGCACAUGGCCAUCACGGGUGGCCUUUUGGAUAGCGAGUGCCACGCCCGGAAAAGUGGUGGGGUGGUGGAGCAUCAGGUAAGAACCUGUGUAAAGGUAAAGUUGUGCUGUCAAGUUGGUGUCGAUUCCUGGCGACCACAUUGCCAUGUGGUUGUCUUUGGUAGAAUACAGGAGGGGUUUACCAUUGCCUCCUCCUGCACAAGAUGAGAUUGUGCAUUUCAGCAUCUUCCUAUAUCGCUGCUGCCUGAUAUAGGUGUUUCCCAUAGUCUGGGAAACAUACCAGUGGGGAUUCAAACUGACAACCUCUUGCUCCCUAGGCAGGUUACUUCCCUGGUGUGCCUGGUUUUUAAAGGAACCGAUCCACGCCCCACCAAACUGGUUCAAGUGUGGGCGCUCGAGUCAGUUCAGCGCUCUCCUGAUGAGCCUCCGUAACAGCCCAUGUGUAACAAUUCCUUCCUUCCUCACAUCUAUAUCUUACCUUUCCUGCAAGUCAGUCAGGGUGGUGCACAUAGAUGGGAUUACCCUCUCUUUAUCCUUGCAGCAACCUUGCAAGUUAGGUUAGGGUGAGAGAGCGUGAUUGGCCCAAGGUCUGCCAGUGAACUUCAUGGUUCAUUAGAGAUUUGAACCCAGGUCUUCUCAAUUCAAGGCCAAUACUCUAACCACUAUACCACAGCGGUGUGAGUGGGCUUGUAUACAACCCUUUCCCCAUAUUUUGACUCCAACAGUACAAUUCAUUACACUUUGUGACCCUCUUAAACGUCUCCUGCAUUUCAGUUGGUCUUUGACAAUGUCCUAAAUACCAAUGCAGUAUAUAAUAGCAAACUAGAAAUCUCAGUGUGGAAAGGUUGCACUCUGCUGGCAGAAGUUGGAAUGGCACCAAAAAGGCUAAAUUGGUACUCUCCCCUAGCACCUUUCUGAACAUUUUAUUUAUUUUCUAAUGAUUGAAUCCAGGGGACCAAGAAUUUGUAGUUUUUCCUGUUUAAGGGCGAAAUGCUAUUUGCAAGAAGAAAAGUGUGGUGAUGUGCUCCUCUCCUUUUUUUGGAAAAAUGUAUAAGGAAGGCAAAACAUCUCCCUUUGUGUCUGACAAAAGGGGCUGAUGUCUCAACAGCUUAUUCCACGAUCGAUGUUGGUCUAAGAUACCACGUUGGACUCUUUACUGUGUUUACCACAACAGACUACCCUUCUCGGAUUUGACUAUCCUAUUAGACCAAUUCACAAAUUACGUUCCAACACUUGUAGGGCAAAUGUACACAAGUACAGUUACACACACACGAUGUUGGACACAGCUACAUUUCCUGUCUGUGCCAUGCAUUUGAGGGCCUGUACCCAGGUUCACUCUUAAAAUGAAUGCAGGUACAGUGAGUUACACAAAAACAUGUACAAGUGUACAGAUACCUGUACACGCAUGCAGCCUAACGUCUGAAGAGGGUGACUGUCUUGUCAUCCAUGUGACCUGAGCUGGCUGCUUCAGUUCCCAUAAUUGCCUUAGAUAAGCUACAGUCCCCUGCACCCCUCCAAUUAUUUAUUACUCCCCAACUCUGUUUAAUGCUACAGUAGCCCCACAAGCAGAAAGUGGGGCAGAUAGCAUCAAGGAGGUUGUGGCAGGCUCAUGGAGGGGAAGUGAGUUAUUGGAUUGCUUGGACAGAAGCAUCUUGGGAAUGGAUUAGGCUUUUGACCCUUCCAGUUUUUACAGACUCGUUCAUUCCCCCACCCCUAGUGUGCUUUGGCAACUGGCUGCUCUGUGUGUGUGUGUGUGUGUGUGUGUGUGUGUGUGUUUAAAAAACAAAUGUCUGUACAUAUAGAUAGAGCUUUAUUUUGUUAACAAGACUAGUAACUUAACCUGUAUAUUUCAACAUACUUGUCUAUAAUGGGUUUUCUUUUUCUUGGUACAAUAAAGAGGAUGUUUUGGAUCAGA